CAUUCGAUUGUGUCCAAUUGUAAAGAGGACACCGAAGCUUUACAUUUAUUAAUUCGUGUCUGUUCUUACUGAGACAAAAACAAAUGAUAAACAACCGCUGCUUAUUCGUUCAACACGUCGAACCAAACCAGUUUUCAAUUGUGUAAGUUGACGACAAUACGUUCAAUGACAUUAGAUUACGUUUACGGACGGCCAAAGGGCCCACUACCAGAUGACAUUGCUACCGCCAGACGCCUGUUGGGCAUGACCGAUGAGUCGAUACGCCGAGAUGUCUCCGAGCUCACUCAGUGGCUUCGCGACCAACCUAACCUGCCAAACACGCUGGAUGGAGUGGAAUUGGAUUGGUGGUUGGAGAACUACCUGGUUAUGAAUAAGAAUGAAGUGGAAAGAGUCAAAGACAACUUGCCAGUAUACUUUCAACUAAAAACAAUCUUGCCUGAAAUAUUUAGCAACCGAGAUCCAAAAACGAAUAUGGAUAUGAUAAAAGCAUAUGAAACGACACUAUUGGGUUUGGUGCCCACGGUAAUGGACGGUGGUCGAAGACUAGGAUUGUUCAUGCAUCGCCCAGAUACGCCAGCAUCAGAUUACAACCCAUUGGGUAUAGCCACGCAUUUGACAUGUUUGGCCGACCUUUAUCUUGCUCAAGGAAUGGAUCAUGUAAAAUUAGUGGUCAUUAUCGACAUGAGAGCGGUGCGGUUAGGUCAUUUGGCCAGAUACCCAUUAGGGUUAUUACGCCGUUUUUUCUUAUACGCCUGGAAAGCUUAUCCAGAACGYGUGGCUCAAAUUCACAUAAUAAAUCCACCAGCCAUAUUAAGUGUAGUAAUGGCGAUGUUCAAACCUCUCCUUAAGGCGAAAAUGCGAAAGAGAAUGAUUGUACAUCGUAAUUUUGAAACUUUGUUAGAGGACGUACCAUUAAAAUAUAUGCCUAAAGAUUAUGGAGGCGAAUCACCGUCAUUGCUUGAGCUUCAUGAAACUUGGUGUCAAAAAAUUAUCGACCAUCAACCAUAUUUCAAAAAGUGUUCAGCUAAACAUAGAGUGAUCGACAAAAAAACAAAUGUUGGAUCUUCUGAAAAUAAUAUGUCGUCGUAACUGAUCAGAUACCAGUAAUAUUAUUACGAAUUAUGAAUGUACAUUGUAGUCUUUAAGUAUACUUUUAUACAAAUAACCGUGUAUCAACAUUUUUUUUAGYUAUACAAAUUAUAAUAUAAAUAAUUAUGAAUUUAAUCCUUUCUUAUCUGUGUUUAUUGUUUUGUAAAUUAAAAGGUCCACAGAGAAACAAACACAUUUUGUAAGGUUGUUAAAAAGUCCUUCUAAAACGCUUAUUAUAUUAUGAUAUAG